AUGUAUGGCUCGUUUCGAAUGCGCAGUUUGCGCAGAUCAGCUGUGGUGGGAGGGAGUUUCCAAUUCUUGUAAAAAAAAAUAAGAAGAAAGCUAUUAAGUAAUCGGAUUAAAGGGAUUCUGGUUCAAAUAGGAGGCCUGGACAGCAGUCAUGCAUUCCGUCGCAAGUGAACAGCGAUAUCGGAUCUCCUUUGCCCAUUUCACCAGGAAGUAAGGAAACUAGAAACACAGCCAAUAUGCCAGUUGAUCUGAAUGGGUAUUGGAAAAUGAUCUCAAAUGACAACUUCGAGGAGUACUUAAAGGCCCUCGAUGUAAAUGUUGCCAUUAGGAAAAUUGCCACCUUGUUGAAGCCUGACAAAGACAUCAAUCAAGAUGGUGACCACAUAGUCAUCAAGACCCUCAGUACCUUUAAGAACUACAACAUGGAUUUCCAUGUUGGCAAGGAGUUUGAAGAGGAUCUGUCAGGGGUGGAUGACAGAAAAUGCAUGACCAUUAUCUCAUGGGAGGGGACAAUCUGGUGUGUGUCUGUGUGUGUGUGUGUGUGUGUGUGUGUGUUUAGACCACUAUCUCAUGGGAGGGAGACAAUCUGGUGUGUGUGCAGAAGGGAGAGAAAGAAGGAAGAGGCUGGACCCAUUGGGUGGAGGGGGAUGAGCUUCAUCUGGAGCUGAGAGCUUGUGGAGCUGUGUGCAAGCAGGUCUUCAAGAAAACCUAAACCAGCACUGGAAUUACAGAAUGGCGCCCCCUACCUGAGCGCUUAAGAGAGACACAGACACAAACCAACCCUGUGACAAAGAACCCUCUAAUACACUCAUCCAUCCAUCCACCCAUCCACCCAUCCAUCCACCCACCCACCCACCCAUCCAACCAUCCAUCCUUCUAUCCUUCAUUCCAUCAAUCCUUUCACAUUUCUUUCUGUCGAUCACUUGUACUGUAACUCUGUCUCAGGGUGAGAGCCCCUUUGAUUGACAUGUUAUAGAUGUGUGGAUACAUUAACACUGAAGUACGUGUAGUAGGCUUUGUGAUUAGUGCCUCAAUCUCUAAUGGUGUCCUGAGUUUACAACUGGGGGUGAACUUGACCAGUAGGAAGGAGGGUUUUAGUAGAGUGAAAAAGAAAAUGAGGGUGAGAGAGGUAAAGAAUGAAAAUGAAAUGGAGAGGCAGCAGAAGAUGUGACAAAUAGCUACCAGGCCUGUGCAGCUGAGACAUCAUCGCCGUCUUAGUAGAAAACUUAGUAGAAAACUUAGUAGAAAACAAGUACUAACGUGUUCAGGAAAUAACAGCAGACUUUGUCUGUGUUUUUCCUCAAUUCAUUUGGGAGUGUCCCCUUGAUAGGAAAAAAUCACUCAAUAAAUGAAUCUCAACAAUGUG